AUGGCAACUACGACAAACCAGGGGGUGGAGGAAGAGGCUUUCAUCCAAGUCAACACCCUACUCCUCAAUGAGCUGAAUGCGAAAGUCAAAGCAUCCCCCUCUCGAGAUAUGACCGACUUGCUCGAGCACAAGGCCAAAACUUAUCCUGCGCUGCGGAAAGUAUUUCGUGAUUCGUCGGUGCAGUCUGCAACCGAAAGUUUCGAUCACUCUGAUGCUACGAGCGUUGUUGAUGAAAGGGAUGAAUUCCGGGUUCCAACCAAUGCCGUGAUCGUACGGCCAUUAAGUGCGAUAGUGAAACAGAGGGCACUGAAGGAUUCUGAUGGAGGAGUAUCUGCCAUCAUUGAGGGUCUUAAUAGAUUGGUGACCACGAGUGAGGUCAUUUGGCACCUAGGGUCAACCGCAGUGCUGGGUCUCAAUUCCGCGCUGGUGAUGAAGGUCGGAAAUGAUAUCGAUUUACAGCACCUUCCCACUCUGGAAUAUAUCAAGCAGCAUGCACCGCGUGUUCCGAUCCCGGACAUACAUGGUAUCCUUCAGCAGCCGGACAGCAAGCGCAUCUUCUUGCUCAUGUCUCGAGCGCCUGGCGAGCCGCUGGAUUCCAAAUGGAAAUCCCUAAGCGAGGACGAAAAAUCUUUAAUCAAGGGGCAGUUGGAUGCAAUUGUUGGUGACUUUCGAUUCUUGCCUGCGCCAGCCAUCCACGAGGCUCUGGCUGUGCUUGGUGGCGGCAGCCCUCGCCGAUGCAAAGAUGCAAGACGACAAGUCCGGGUUGCCCCAGGGCCCAUCAGCAGCGAAACCGAGUUUAAUGAGUUCCUCACCUUCAACCCUCAGCGGACUCAGUCUAGCACCAUUGCCAUGAUUCGGUCCUACCUCAAGGAUAACCACCAACUAGUUUUGGCGCAUGGUGAUUUACACCCUCGAAACAUCAUGGUGGCCACCUCUUCACAACUACAUGACCCCGUUGAGGGCGAUGCUCCAUCCCAGGAACCCCAGCACACCACCAACUGCAUUGUUAAUCAAUCUAACACUCGAGUGAUCAUCACGGCGAUUCUUGACUGGGAAAUGUGUGGCUGGUACCCGGAGUACUGGGAAUACGUGAAGGCUCUGAAUACUAUUACACCCGGCGGGGAUUUGGGGGACUGGUGGGCCUAUCUGCCACAGAAAAUCGGUGUAUGGCCCAGAGAGCAUGCGGUUGACUUGAUGCUAAGCAGAUGGCAUGGGUGA